AUCUUCAGUUCUUAGUGAUCUCUCGAGACGGAAAGGUCGCAAUUCUGUAGAUAGACUUCUGGCAAUUUGUAACUGGUUCAUUUUUACAAACACCACUGAACUUGUUUAGAAAAUUGUCAUGGAAUUAUUAAAAUUGCUAUUUAAUAUAAUGUUCAUUAUGGCUUUUGUUUCUAAAAAAAUGUUUAUUACUGAAGUUUGCGCCGAUAUUUAUUACCGCUUGCCGAAUAAUACAAUACCGAAGCAUUAUGAGAUUAAGUUAAAAGUGGACGUUGAAAAGAAUAUCUUCCAUGGCAAAUCUAAUGUCAGCAUCAUUAUUUACGAACAAACUCGUACGAUACAUUUGCACUCAAUAUGUUUGAAUAUAACUACAAAGACAACAACAAUUGAAAAUAUUGAUAUGCGUGAAAGGACCAAGCAUAUGGCACGUUCAAAUCAUCAAAUCGUAUCAAAUAAUAUUUCAUAUUGGAAGGAAAUGGAAGUUAUAGUGAUUUAUUUUGACUAUGAUCUAACACCUGGUAAUUAUACUCUGAAUAUGGAAUACAUGGGUAUCAUAUCCGAUAUGAGUGGCUCCGAUAUGGGUGGUUUCUUCAAGAUUCCGUUUAUAAAUGAAAUAAGAGAUAGAAAAUGGUUCGUCACAACACAUAAUUCGGCUACUGGAAUAAGACGAACGUUUCCAUGUUGGGAUGAGCCAAGAAUAAAGGCUAGAUUUAAAAUUAUUGUACAGCACCAUAUAAAUUACACAGCUUUAUCUAAUACGCUUGGUUAUACGAGAGAAGUCGAUGUUAAUGAUGGCAUUGUACAAACAUAUUUUGAAGAAACUCCUGCAAUACCCAUUUAUCUCGUAGCUAUAGUGUUGUGCAAUUUUCCUUAUACAAAUAUAUUUGAGAACUUGAGAGACUGGCAACGGUUUGAAAUGAAUGCGAUCUUGAGAAGCAGACCACUAUUUAUACAUAAUGAUUUAAUAUUCGCACGUCACGUCAUUGCAAAUAUUACGCGCUAUUUCCAAGACGAAUGGAGGCAAUGGAGGGUGUUUCCAAUGCAAGAACAUGUCGCGGUUCCAGGUUUGAUAGAUGACGGCAUGACGACAAAGUGGGAACUUACAUUUUACAGAGACGAAGAUAUUAUUUAUGAUAAAGAGAAAGAUAAUAUUGCCCGCAAAAUGGACAUAGCGUGUUUAAUCGGACGUAAAAUAGCACGACAAUUGUUAAAUUCUGAGACAAGUCCAUCGUGGUGGAACCACUUCUGGUUAAAUGAGGGUAUUGCUGGAGUUCUUUUUACAUCAAAAAUCAUUGAUAAGAUUAUUCCAAAUUCUCGCAUGUCGGAUUUCUUCGUUGUCCAAAUUCUGCAAGAAUCUCUCUAUUUAGACGGCCAAGGAAUUAUGAAACCUCUUACACCGUGGGAACGCACAGGCAACAUAUCUGAUAUUAAUUCAAUUUUCUCUUUCUCCUAUUAUAUUAAAGCACCUGCUAUAUUGCGCAUGGUGCUACAUAUAGUAGGCGAACAAGUGUUUUGGAAUGGUAUCGAAAAAUAUUUAAAAAAACAAUCAGCUACUUCGAAAGAUUUCUGGGCUGCCGUGCAAAUUGCUUAUAAUGAAACAUCAGCACUUAUAUCAUCAAAAAUUAACAUAACACAGAUAAUAUAUCCUUGGAGAAAACAAAGUCAUUAUCCUAUUCUAAAUGUAACAUGCGAUAAGAAUGAAAACUCUUUUAUCAUAAGGUUGAAAAAUCCAUCCGAGACGUGGAGAAUACCUUUGACAUAUACUAGGCAAUCGAAAAUCAAUUUUGAUACUUCUCCUGCUUCUAUAGUUACAUUCAAAGAUAAGCUUAAUAUACCUGUGCCUUUAAAAGAUGACUGGAUAAUAUUAAACUUGCAACAAAGUGGAUACUAUCGUGUCAACUACGAUACUGAGAUUUGGCGAAGAAUUGCAUGUUACCUAAAUUCUAAAAACUAUAAAAAUAUUCAUGUUCUUAACCGGGCUCAAAUCAUUGAUGAUGCGUUUUAUUUUACCAUGACGAGCCAGCUCAAUGUCUCUAUAUUUUGGGAACUUACGAGUUACCUAGGGCAAGAGACAGAAUAUGCGGCAUGGUAUCCUAUGAUCAAAGUUCUUGAACGCAUAUCUUACAUCCUCCCUUUUCCAAAUAAAAGUGAAUAUUUCAAGACGAUGAUACUCGAACAAUUAAAAUCGCUCCUUGGAACAUUAGAAUACUCAGAUGAAUCAAACGAUGAUUAUUUAAUGGAAUGUUUAAGGCAAGAAGCUGUAAAAUGGGCAUGCGUUCUCAAUGAUUCUAACUGCAAGACAACGGCCUUGAAUAAACUGCAACGGCAGUUAACAGAUCUCGUAUUUCGAAUCUCGCCGGGGUGGAAAAAAUGGACAUAUUGUAAUGGUUUAUCGAUAGCAAAUAAAGCUGUUUUAACAAGUGUGUGUCAGAUGUAUAUGUAUGAAACUCUAUUCCAAAGAGAACGAAAAAGUUUAGAAUUCCUGGCUUGUUCUAAACAUUUUUAUAUAAAUUUCAUCAUGAAAUCAGAAGAUUAUAAUGAAACUAUUUUCAAAACUAUAAAAGAAAAUGACAUUGAUAAUAUUAAAUUUUUUCAUUACAAUGUUGCGAAACAUGCAAGAGAUAACUCAGUACUUGAUCAUAUAUUAGAAAAUUGGGAGAGAGCAAAACCCAUAGAAAUUAGUACAACUAUAGCAUUAAUUGAUAUUAUAAACCACGUAUAUUCUAAGGAACAACUUGAUAAGAUACCGGAAUUUGUAAGGAACAUGAAGAUAGAAUCACUGUUAGAACUCACUGUUUCUCCUAAUCGGUCCUGUAACUCAAAAUUAUUUAAAGAGAUCCGUGAAUGUAUGAGAAAUAGCGCAACUAAACUAAUUUCGGAUAUUGACAAAAAGAUUGAUGUACGUUUGUCUCAAAUCGAGAAUCAAAAAAACACUUUUAUUUCCGUGUUUGGAAACAACUCAACCGGCCGAAAAAUAGAAGACUGCAAUGCUUGAAUCAUAUUGUAUUCAAUUACAUCUAAAACGUAAAGUAAGGCAACAGAAUUAUGGAUUUUUUUAAAAAUUGCCAUCAAACAUUUCUAUAUAUCUCUUAUGUUACUCCAUUAUUCAUUUAAAUUUAUAUAUUGUUUAUUC